AAAUAAUUUUAUGAUGGUGAUGGAUUUAAAAGCUGGUAGUUUAAGACAACAUUUAAAUAACAAUUUCAUUUCACUGAGUUGGGAGAAAAAGUUGGGGUGUUUAUUAAGUAUUGCAUUUGGUCUUAAAGGUAUUCAUAAUAAAGGAUUAAUUCAUCAUGAUUUUCAUUGUGAGAAUAUAUUAAGCGAUUUUGAUAUAAAUGCUUAUAUUACUGAUUUGGGAUUAUGUCAACCAGUAAAUGUCAAAUCCUCUCAAAAUAGUAAUAAAAAAAUAUAUGGAGUAUUACCUUAUGUAGCUCCAGAAGUUUUAAGAGGGAAAAAAUAUACUCAAGCAAGUGAUAUUUAUGGAUUCGGAAUUAUUGCAUAUGAAAUUUGUACAGGUUUCCCUCCUUAUUAUGAUAUAGCUCAUGAUGAAUUCUUAGCAAUGAAAAUUUGUAAGGGGUUGAGGCCAAUGUCUAAUUACAAAAUCCCUCAAUU